CCUUAAAGCCAGGCGGCACACAGGCUCCCGCAGCUCCGCGCACGCGCCGCCCGCCUCUUCCUUUCCCCUCUUUUUCCUUCCCGGCGGAAGCGGGGCGCUGUGCGGAUGGAGGAGAGGCGCUAUCAGUCGGCGUCGGGGGCGCCGCUGGCGCUGCGGUGCCGCCAGCAUAGCGCUUCCUGCCGGGAGCUGGCCGUGCGCUGCCCCCGCCUGCAGCUCCGCUCGCUCAGCGCCGUCACCUCCGCCGUCUGGCUGGCGGCCUACGGGCUCUUCGCGCUCUGCCAGGUACCCUCGCCCCGCCCCCCUCGGCUCCUCGUGGGGACCCCGGCGGAGAAGGGCGGCGGGCGCCUCCAGAAUAGUAUGGUGCUUUCUGCUGCUAUAUUCCUCACGCUGAUCGGCUUCAUCAUCUACCUGCACUUUGUGAAAAUUGACCAGGAAUCCCUACUGGUCAUCGGCUCACUUGGCAUUCAGGUGACUUCAUCUUACGCUUCAGGGAAGGAGAGCACAACCUUCAUUGAGAUGAGCCAAGUGAAGGAUGUGGUUAUCAAUGAAGCCAUCCAUAUGCAAAAAGUUAUCUAUUACCUGUGCAUCCUCCUGCGCGACCCUCAGGAUCCUCAGGGAGUGUCUGAGGUUGUGCCACUCUUUCAGAGUUCCAAACCACGUCUGGACUGCUUGAUAGAAGUGUACAAAAGUUGUCAUGAAAUCCUGGAUCAGAGAAAAACAGCUUCGCAACCAGAUGGAGUAAAAUAAUAAAUACUCAAGAUGGAUAACUUGCAGCAGGACUUGGAGAGAUGUAUGGAAAAGCAAGCAAAUCUGAUCUAUGGCUCUUUAAAAUUAAAUGUUUAGAAUGUGAUGCAGUUGUAAGAAUGACAUUAUAGAUAACAGCCCACACAGACUCACAGAGCUGUUAUAGAAGAUGUCAGCUGAAGUGCACAAGUGAACCUAGAAAUUGACUGUUAUGAAAAACAGGUGAGCAACACUUAUAAAAGAGUCAAACAGAAGAGGUUUUUCCAUGCAUCUCUGGAAGAAGUUAUUGGAAGGGGAGACAAAAAUAUGCAGCAAAUGUUUAUUCUUUCAUGGAUCCGAGAUUUCUGACAAAAACAAAUUGUAACCUUGGGAAGACAGAAAAAAAUACCUUUUUUUACUUUACUUUUUUUUUCUUUUUCUUUUUUUAAGUUUCUUUGUAAUCCUUUCUUGGAAAGAGUAUCAAAACAAAGGUGGGCUGGCUCAGUAAGUUUUCCUGAUCCAAUGGGGAAUUUCAGAUAGAGAAUGACAGAAAAUGAGAAUAUACUGUUGCUUUGAUUUAUAUUUAUGGAAUUAAGCAUAGCAGAGGAUACUUUAGUUUCUUCAGCAAUCUGCUUGAAAAAAAGUCCCGUGGUAUGGGACCCUAGGGAGAAGAGUGUCCAAGAUUGACACUCAGGAAUCACUUCCUCCAAGCACAUGAGUAGCUCAUGCCAACAAGUAAAAAGUUGAGCAAAAAUGGCUGGAGGCCUGCAUGAAUAGGCAAUUUAUUCCUGGCAAAAUUAAAAUACCGAAAGGUAGAAGUGAGGACAGGUAGCCUGGGAUCAAUAUAGAGACUGCCUCACCAUGUGAGGUAUGUGGUUAGGAAAGCCAAAGCCUAUCUGCAAUUGAAUUUUUCUAGAAAUGCCAAGGGCAACAGAAAGGCCUUCUGUGAGUACUUGAGUAACAAAAAGGCAAGGAAAAUGUGAGGCCACCUCUGAAUGGUGUAGAGGUGUGGUAACACCAAGACCUGAAAAAGAAUGGGGUACUGAAUGCCUUCAUCAUUUCAGUCUUUACUAGAAAGACUAGACUUCAGGAAUUCCAGGUUGCAGAUAGCAAGGGAAAGUUCUGGAGCAAGGAAGACCCUUGAUGGAAGGUGAUCAGGCUAGAAAAUACUUAAGCAAACUGCAUGUUUGUAAGUCCAUGGAACCUGGUGGGAUGCACCUACAAGUGCUGAUGAAUUUUGCUAAUGACACAAUCUCAGAGGAAUGGCUGAUAUGUCAGAGAAGUGUGCUGCCAGCCAAAGGGACCCAGACAGGCUGGAGAGAUGGGUAUGCAGGAACCUCUUGUAGCUCAACAAACGGUCCUGGAGAGGAAUUACUCUGUGCUGUUCCUUCCAGUACAUGCUGGUUCUUUUUCAGAAAAGGAUGCGGAGGUCACAGUGGACACCAAGUUGAAGAGGUGCCAGCUGUGUGUCCUUAGUACAAAAAGGCUAAGAGUGUCCUGGAUUGCGUGGGAGAUGUAGCAGUUCAAGGGAUGGGAUCCCUCCCCCUUCCUCAGCACUGGUAGGACCACAGCUGAAGUGCUGCAUCCAUUUCUGGGCUCUCCAGUAUGUGGGCAUGUCAGGUGCUAGAAUGGGCUGCCCAGGUAGGUGGUGGAAUCACCGACUCUGGAGGUGUUCAAGGAACGUUUGGACGCUGUGCUGAGGGACGUGGUUUAGUGAGAACUAUUGGUGAUAGGUGGAUGGUUGGACUGGAUGAUCUUGUAGGUCUUUUCCAACCUUGGUGAUUCUGUGGACAGUGAGGGGCUGCUUACAUUGGCGUGGAGCUGGAGCCUGAAGAAAGACUGGAAGAGCUAGGGCUUUAAGCCUAGAGAAAAGAGGGUGUGGGGGCAAUCGUAUAUAAGUACCUAAAGGGAGGUUAUAAAGAAGAUGGAGUCAAGCUUUCUGGGGGCUGGAGCAGAGCUCACUUCCAACCUCAUUCAAAAGAGCCAGAUCAAUUACUAUGAGAAUAUGAGAAAAAUAUGUUAUAAAUUAAAAUUAUAAUAAUGACUGUGUGAAUAAAGUAAGUUAAUGUAGAGAA